CACAAAAAGUUCAGGCACAUAAAAAUCUUAUACUAACCCAUUUCAAUGCUUGUAAGAUUCAAUUCAUGGCGAAACUGUUUGGAAACUCUGAAACAAUGAAGUUUGUUUCUGCAUCAUCAAUGCUGCUCUUCUUCUUCUUCUUCUUCUUCUUUACUGCAACAGUUAGAGCUGUGGAUUCCAAUGAAACAAGUCCCUUUGUUUAUAGGGAUUUCAUGGAAGUAGCCAGGACUGAUGCUGGUGUGAUUAGGUCUCUUAGAAUUACAAAUGUGGUUCAUGGAAGAUAUGACAGGGGCCCUAUUGAUUUGAGUUUUAUAACCAUGGAGCUCAGUUCCCUGCUGCUUCCUCUAUUCCUGAAUAGAGACUAUGUGCUUUAUGUUCACACAGGAAAAGCAAGGCUUGGAUUGGUAUGGAAAAAUCAAUUGUUUGAAAGAGAUCUGAAAGUUGGAGAUAUAUAUAGAGUUCCUGCUGGGUUUGUCUUCUAUGUGUUCAAUACAGGGGAUGCUGAGAGGCUUAGGCUCAUUGGCAUUAUGGAGAGGCCUAAAUCUGAUGCUCAUGUUAUGGAAGGAGAUGAAUCUCAGAUGAUUUUUGUUGGAGGAGGUUAUGGCAAUCCUGCUAGUGUCCUCUCAGGAUUUGAUCAAGAAAUUCUAAGAUCAGCUUUUAAGGUCUCUGCUGAGGAAAUCAAAGAGUUGCUAAGCGGGAAGAAUUAUGGACCCAUUGUUCAUUCAGUGGCUCCAAAACAUAAAAGCUUGAUCAAGGACAGGGUAAAAAGAUACAUACUAAGUACAAAAAAUGUCUUGGGAGCCAUGUUAGGAGGGCACAAAAAGAAGAUGAAAGUCUUCAAUAUACUAAAUAAGAAGCCAAGUUUUCAUAACAAGUAUGGAUGGACCAAAGUUGUAAAUAGGAAAGAUUACUCCCCAUUGAAAUAUUCUGAUCUUAACAUUUUCAUGGUGAAUUUAACCAAGGGAACGAUGAUCUCUCCUCAUUGGAACCCUCGAGCUACUGAGAUUGGGUUUGUUACUAGAGGAGGAGGGAUGGUGCAAAUAGUGUAUCUAAAUGGUAGCUCUGCAGAGAGUAUCAGGGUUAGUCAAGGAGAUGUGUUUGUAGUGCCUCAGUUUUAUCCAAUGUCUCAGUUGUCAUUUGGAAAUGAAUCAUUUGAAUUUUUAGGGUUCAGUACUUGUUCCAGGUACAACCGACCACAAUUCCUCGCUGGAGAAAACUCUGUUUUGAAUGUAUUGCAUAAAGAUACUGCAGCAUUGGGAUUUGGUGUUUCUAGUGAUUAUCUUGCUGAUAUGUUGGAUGCUCAAAGGGAUGCUGUCAUAUUUGCAUGUCCUUCUUGUGCUGAAAGGUUAGAGGACAAGAUGGAAAGAGAAAAAGAGAGAAGAGAAGAGGAGAAGAGGAAGAGAGAGGAGGAAGAGAGGAAGAAGAAAGAGGAGGAAGAGAGGAGAAAGAGAGAGGAGGAGGAGAGGAAGAAGAGGGAGGAGGAGAGGAAGAAGAGGGAGGAGGAGGAGAGAGAGGAGGAGGAGAGGAAGAAGAGGGAGGAGGAGGAGGAGGAGAGGAAGAAGAGGGAGGAGGAGGAGAAGAGGAGGAAGAGAGAGGAGGAGGAGAGGAAGAAGAGGGAGGAGGAGGAGAAGAGAAGGAAGAGAGAGGAGGAGGAGAGGAAAAAGAGGGAGGAGGAGGAGGAGGAGAGGAAGAAGAGGGAGGAGGAGGAGGAGAGAAGGAAGAGGGAGGAGGAAGAGGAGGAAGAGGAGGAAAGGAGAAAGGAGGAAGAGAGGAGGAAGAAAGAGAAGGAAGAGGAAAGAAGGAAAGAGGAAGAAAGGAGAAAAAGAGAGGAGGAAGAGGAGGAGGAGAGGAGGAAGAGAGAGGAGGAAGAGGAGGAGAGGAAAAAGGAAGAAGAGAGGAGGAAGAAAGAGGAGGAAGAAGAGGAAGAGAGGAGGAAGAGAGAGGAAGAAGAGAGCAGAAAGGAGGAGGAGGAAGAGGAGAGCAGAAAGGAGGAAGAGGAGAGGAGAGAGGAAGAAGAGAGAAGGAGGAGAGAGGAAGAGGAGAGGAGAGAGGAAGAGGAGAGGGAGAAGAGAGGAGAGGAAGAGGAGAGGGAGAAGAGAGGAGAGGAAGAGGGGAGGAGAGAGGAGGAAGAAAGAAGGGAAAGGAGAGAGGAGGAAGAGAGGAGGAGAGAGGAGGAAGAAAGAAGGAUAAAAGAAAAGCAAAAGGAGGUGGCUGGAAGGAGAGAAGAGGGAGAAGAGAGAAAAAGAGAGAGGAUAGAUGCACAAGAAGAGGAGCAAGAAAAAGAGAAGGGAGAGGAGGACGUGAGGAAAGAGAAGCAAGAGAGGGAAAGAAAAAGCAUAGAGGCACAAGAGGAAGAAGGGGAAGAAAGAGAAGGGAAAGAGAGAGGAGAGAUGAGCAAGAGAGGGUAAAGAAGGAAGUGAAGAUAGGAGGACCAGAAACACCAGUUCCAAGUAUACAAUUAGAUCUCAAGAUGGUUCCAACAAGGAGAUCACUCCAUGCUUUACACAGCUGAUGUUAUAUAUGCAAAGAUCUUUGGAUGAGUUCCCAAGAGAAGAAAUCUCAGUUCUCAUGAGUUAUUUGGGAUCUAAAUAGCCCAAGUUUGACCAAGUGUCUGUGACAUUCAAAAAUGAUGUUUUGGUGAAACAAUUUCAUUCACAUAACUUGUAUAUCAUGGUGAGAGUUUCAUAAGCCAAGCCACGUUACUCAUAUUUGACUGAGAUUCUAGAAUGUAUAGUUUUUCUUUGGCUGUUAUUUAUGUGGCAGCAGUUUCAUUUGCUUGUAAUGGCAAGUUUUGUUUUCUUGUAAUGAAUUGCAUAUUUAAAUCCA